GUCCAUGCAUGCAGUCGUGAAGGGCCUCCCUGUGGUCUCUGGGUUAAAGCGGACAAACGCUCUAUCAUGCACCAUGGACAACGGUGGCACGGGGACGCCCGAGGUGGCGGAGAAAAUAAGAAAACCACUUGCCCGUGGUCAGGCUGUGACAGCCAGAUGCUAGCGAAUGGCAUCCCACGGCAUAUUUUGAGCGCUCACUUUGGUGUAGUGUGGAUUUGCACGGGCACAGGAUGUUUAAAACCUUUUGGGCGUCACGAUAGCUUCAAGGCCCAUUCUCGGAAAUGU